CGCUACGUUUACACAUUACUCUCCUAAAUAUGUCUAACGCUCACUUACGAAAAGGUUCUACGGAGCCUCCGAAAGUUGAAGGUCUUUUAAGGUUGUAUUCAAUGAAAUUUUGUCCGUUCGUUCAAAGAGUCAGAUUGGUCUUAGCAGCGAAAGGAAUUAAGUACGACACUGUCAACAUUAAUUUAAUCGAGAAACCUGAAUGGUACUUUAAAAUUCAUCCAGAAGGAAAAGUCCCCGCGUUGGAUAUAGGCUCGAGGAUUAUUGUCGAAAGUCUGGAUAUUGCGAAUUACCUGGAAGAAAACUAUCCGGAUGUGUCGCUCUAUCCGUCCGAUCCAGAAGCGAAAAAGGCGGAUAAAGAAAUGAUAGAGAAGAUAGAUCCGAUAACGUCUCUGUUUUCGAAAUGCAUUUAUGGUUUGGAGAAGAAAUCCGCCGCCGAUUGGUUAGUAGAAUUUCGUCCACAUUUGGAUGCGUUCGAAAGGGAACUGACAAAAAGAGGAACGAUUUUCUUUGGCGGUUCGAGUCCCGGCAUGGUGGAUUACAUGCUGUGGCCAUGGGCUGAGAGAGCUGGCGUUAUUGUUCUGGCACUGAAGGAGAAUCUUCCACUAGGAGACGAUCAGUUUUCUAGUUUGAAGAAGUGGAAGAAGGAAAUGAGAAAACAACCUGCUGUUGAUGCAACUUAGAACGGUCCAGAGAAAAUUUGGAAAAUUAUCUUGGCCAAAAUUCAAGGAAAAGUGCCGAAUUAUGAUACUGUGUGAAUAACUAGAAACAAGCUUCUUGAUUAGGUUUAAAUCAAUUAUCUGGGGCAGUAAAUCCACUGUAAGCGGACAAGGAAGAGAAAAUUUAUUUUUGCGGGAUUACUGUCGAUUCGUUUGUGCAUGUCGAUUUACUCACAUUUGGUAUUUAUAGACAAUUACACAAUUAUAAAACAUGUUAAACUGUUAAAAUAAUAGUUAAAUCUUAAAUGUACUUAUA